AUGACCAUCUUCUUCGGAGCUUUAUACGGUGUCUUGAGCGAUGUUACUACUCAUCAGCAUGGGCUACACAUAAAUCAGCUUAAAUAUGCUCAUGAUAUUCUCUCUAAGCACGAUCUUUUGUUGAGCAAGCUUGUUAGUACACCACUGUCUGCCAAGUCUGAUCUUACUGCUACUGAUGGACCACUUCUUGACCAUCCUACAACUUUUCGGGAAUUGGUUGGAUCAUUACAGCAUCUUACUAUAACUCGUCCUGACAUUGCAUUUGCAGUAAACAUGAUGUCUCAGUUCAUGAGUCAGCCGCGUGUACCACAUCUCAUUGCUGCCAAAUGCAUUCUCCUAUAUGUUAAGGGCACUCUUGGACAUGGAUUACUCUUUACACCUCAGCGUCAGCCUGUAAAUCUCUCAGCCUAUUCUGAUGUUGAUUGGGCUGGUUGUCCAACCACUAGGCGUUCCACUUCUGGCUAUCUCAUGUACCUUGGCUCAAAUCUCAUCUCUUGGUGCUCUAAAAAGCAGACCACCAUAGCUCGCUCCAGCGCAGAAAGUGAAUACCGCUCCCUUGCUCAUGCUUGUGCUGACACAAUGUGGUUAGGCUAUCUUCUCUAUGAACUUGGUGCUAAUAUUCAGUUUCCUGUGUUAUUGCAUUGUGAUAAUUUGAGCACAACAUACAUGGCUUCCAAUCCCAUCUUUCAUGCUCGCACAAAACACAUAGAACUUGAUUAUCACUAUGUCAGGGAAAAGGUUGCCAUUGGGAGCCAUAGGGUCUGCUUCAUUCCUUCCGUAGAUCAACCGGCUGAUCUGCUCACCAAGCCAUUGCAUAAGCAUCGCCAUUCCUUGCUAUCGAGCAAACUUGUGAGUCCAGGACCCUCAAGUUUGAGGGGGGAUGUUAGAACCACAGGUUCUUUGCAUAUCUCUUCCUCAAGUCAAGCUUCAGUUACAACAACCAAAUCUCCGCCAUUAACUGAUUUAUCUCCAGCUUGA